AUGUCUGCUCUCCACCCUUCCAACUUCAGCACUUCCUCCUUCUGUCUCCUGGGCUUCCCAGGGCUGGAAUCAGCUUAUCCAUGGAUUGCCCUCCUCUUGUCCACCAUCUACACCAUAAUGGUCCUGGGGAACAGCAUCAUCCUCUAUGUACUCUGGAUAGAAUGGAGUCUCCACAAGCCCAUGUACUACCUUUUGGCCCUGCUGACCACCACAGACUUAGGCAUGGGACUCUCGACGGUGCCCACGGUUCUGGGCGUCCUGUGGAGUCUUCACCAGGAGAUAAGCCUCAACUCCUGCAUCGCCCAAGCAUACUUCAUCCACGGACUAUCCAGCAUAGAGUCCGGUGUCCUCCUGGCCAUGUCUUGGGACCGCUUCGUCGCCAUCUGCAACCCCUUGCGCUAUGCUUCCCUAGUGACCGGCUCAACUAUCAUCAAAAUCGGAGCAAUCGUUUUAACCAGGAGCUUGCUACUGAUCCUUCCCGCGAUCAUCCGCCUGAGAUUCUUCUUCUAUUGCCGUCCCCAUGUCCUCUCUCACUCUUUCUGUCUGCACCAGGAUCUGCUCCGCUUGGCUUGUUCUGACAUUCGGUUCAACAGUUUCUAUGCCCUUGGGCUCGUGAUCAGCACUCUCAUCUUGGAUUCGGUGUUCAUUCUGGCCUCCUAUGUCCUGAUCCUCCACACCGUGCUGGCUGUGGCUGCCCGCGGGGAGAGGCUGAAGUCUCUCCAAACCUGCACCUCCCACAUCCUCGCCACCAUGGUCUUUUACGUUCCCAUCAUCGGCCUGACCAUGGUUCACCGUUUCGGAAAGCAUCUGAGUCCUCUGGUCCAUGUGCUCAUGGGCCACAUCUACAUUCUUUUCCCUCCCCUGAUGAACCCCAUCAUCUACAGUAUCAAAACCCAGCAGAUCCGCAAAAGGAUCCAAGGAAUGUUCUAUAUGGAAAGGGGUUGA